AUGUCCAAGAAACCAGAUAUUGGCGACCGUAGUCUACCUUCCUUCGACAAUCACUACAACAAUGGGGUUCUUAUCGAAAACUGGCAGGAGAGUCGCAUUUACGAUGCGACUGGCCGUUUGUUCACCCUUGCGAUGGAUCACCAGGUCGGGCCAUCCACCUCUAUCUAUGCAAGUGAUUACGUUAAACCAGAAGCGUCAUCUAAUGCUCCAAUGAUGCGACGCAGAGGACUUGGAAAAGAACUCAUGUUUGGAACCGGAAAACCCACAACCUUCGAGGGAGUCCCGACGAGCACAACUUACGGUGCAUCCCAGCGUACUGCAAUAACUUCAAAUUACAAAACUUCUAGUUGUUCGCCCACCAAAAACAAAACUUCAUUUGAUGGAAUACCGCAGCGGACGUUCAGCGACCAGCAUUCCAAAGGAACAGCUAACCCAACAGCGGAUGACAAUAUAUACGGACAUUUCAGCACCACCAAAACCAUGAUGGAUGCUCCCGUGGAAUGUUAUCAAUUUCAACGUAAUAUGAUGCACCAAGGCGAUCAGGACCACAAGAGAACAGCCGACACUUCCUAA